AUCCCCACUCAGGGCCCAAAUACGAAAGGGACUUUUAAAUCCGUGGCUCUAAUCCGUAACCCUAAACCCCCACCAAAACCCCUCCUCGCCUCCCUCCCCUCCAUCCAAUCCUCGAAACGAGCGCGCGGGCGAGGAGGUCCCCCUCUCCGAGAUGGCUAGGGUUUUUCGCGGGUCCCUCCUCCUGAUGUCCCCGGCGGCGGCGGCGGCGGCGGCGGCGGCGGCAGGGGCCAAGAAGGCGGCCUCCACGAAGCCGAGGGCGCCGGCCGGGAUCACGAAGCCGAUGCCGGUCUCCGAAGCGUUCCGCAGGUUCGCCGGCGGCGCGCGCGAGGUCGCACGCUCCGAGGCCAUCAAGCUCGUCUGGACCCACAUCAAGGCCCACGGCCUCCAGAACCCGUCCAACAAAACCGAGAUCAACUGUGACGCGACGCUCAAGAGCUUGUUUGGUGGGAGGGACAAGAUCGGGAUGAUGGAGGUCUCGAAGCUACUGAGCCCUCACUUCCUGAAGAACUAGCAAGCGGUGCAUGGAGCCGGCGGCAGCGCUUCGCGGUUGAUUUGGGAAAUGUUUAGUCUGCUAAUGGCAAAUCUCAGUCCACGUUCAUCCCAGUCUUUGAUUCGUGGUCUUAGCGUCAUGUUCGUAUGCGUGGGGUUGCGUUCUUUCCGAUUUGUAUAGUCGGUCUGCAGCAUGUUAUAUGAUAUGCUUGAAGUUUGCACUCCUCCCUUGUCAUCGCUGGAUGCCUGGAUAAACAAAACCAGCUGUUGACUGACUUUGUAAGUUGUACCUCUGUUGCUUACGAAAUAUUACUUCCCUUCUCGAAUAUUUGUCGUCUGCUAUUUCAUUUUUCGAACUAAACCGCGACAAAAGAAAAAAAAGAACGGACGGAGUAUUUAUUAUUAG